UCAAUUGAUACCGUAUGCAAUCCCGAAGAUUCAAUACACUAUCCAAUGGAGUUUUUAAAUUCUUUGACAAUACCAGGUUUACCUCCUCAUAUAUUAACUUUAAAAAUUGGAGCACCUAUCAUGAUUUUAAGAAAUAUUAAUCCACCUAAAUUAUGCAAUGGAACCCGUUUAAGUGUAAAAUCUUUGAAAAAUAAUGUAAUAGAAGCUACAAUAUUAACCGGAUGUGGAAAAGGUGAAGUCGUAUAUAUACCAAGAAUACCUAUUAAACCCAGUGAUGUGCCGUUUGGAUUUGAGCGAUUACAGUUCCCGGUAAAACUUGCAUUCACCUUCACCAUAAAUAAAUCUCAAGGUCAAUCAUUGAAAUGUACGGGACUUCUACUUGAUCCUAUGUGCUUCUCUCAUGGACAAUUAUAUGUGGCAUGUUCAAGAGGCGGUGACCCGAAAAAUCUCUACAUUUAUUGUCCGAAUGGAAAAAACAAAGAACAUCGUAUAUCCUCAAGCAUUAAAAUGAUACAGAUUAUUAUAUAA